GAAAAGAUAAUACAUAAUUCAUUUUAGGUAUAAAAUGGUUAACAUUUACGGAAAAUUGACUUUGUUAUUAUUUUCGCAAGUUUGUAUUAUUAUAUUCCUUGCCUUAACAACUCGUUAUCAUCGUACGGCUUUGCAAAGAGCAGAGGAAAGAGUUCCAACUACUAUAAUACAGUUUGGAUUGGGUGGAACAGCUACAACACUUCAAUUUCAAAUACUAUGUGUUCUUAUGGCUUUAUUACACCAAGACAAAAUUAAUGAUGUUGGAUGCUACUACGGUAGACAACCUGCACACAAAUACUGCGUCAUAAAAACGCAUUUUAUAAAAGACACAUUUUUUCAGAUACUUCCAUCAGAUGUGUGGAUAUUCAUGACAUCUAGCAAUCUACUUUCUGAUGAAAAGAAAACAGAACUGGAGUCUCAUAAAGUAAGAAUUAGAAAUAUGAGAAUAAGGAUACCAUCGAUCGUUGAUAUAGAAACUACGUCUAAACGUGGUUAUACGAUUGUCUUCGAUUAUCAACCAUUUUUUAGACUUUCAGAUACAAAAAUGCAACAUGCUGUUGAAUAUUUACGGUAUUGGGAUAUUAUAAGAUUGUGUUGUGGAAGGCAAAUGUCUGCUGAUUGGAGGAGACGUUUGUCGCCAAAGAUAUCAUAUAAACCCCACCACGAUCCGCAUAGCUAUUCAUAUCCCGCUUGCGAAAUGUACAACAUAACCGAAGUGGAAAUGUUAUUAAUGAAAACGUUUGUUUAUCAAAAGUUUGCUAAUAUUUCUUCACUUCAUGACAUAAUUGGGAAGCCAUCAAAUGUCGAUGGCAAACUUGACGGUACAUACUGUGAACGUUGUAAUAGAAAUAUUGCUGAAAAAGAUUUGGAAUUCAAUGCAAAUUGCGCAUAA